AUAAAAAUGGGUAAUCUGACUAUGAUCAAAGAAUUUCUCCUUCUUGGAUUUGGAAGCCUCCAUGGAUCACAGUUUUUCCUUUUUGGAACAUUUCUUGGAAUCUAUAUAAUGACCUUACUGGGGAAUAUUCUCAUUCUUAUAGUAACUUCCAUUGACCGAAAUCUCCAAACUCCCAUGUACUUCUUCCUGUCCAAUUUCUCCUUCCUUGAAAUCUGGUAUACAACCUCCAUUGCUCCUAAGAUGCUGAAGACCCUUCUCUCUGGUCCAGAGGCAAUUUCUUUUGCAGGAUGUGUGGCUCAGUUUUAUUUCUUUGGCUCCAUGGCAGUAGUUGAGUGCUUUCUCUUGGCAGCCAUGUCUUAUGACCGAUACCUUGCUAUCUGCAGUCCACUUCGGUACCCAUCUCUCAUGAACCUCCACACAUGUAUCUUGCUUGCAGGUGGAUCCUGGCUGGGAGGAUUUAUAACUCCUGUUGUCACUGUCACUAUGACUUUCCAACUGCAGUUCUGUGCAUCCAAUGAGAUUGAUCAUUUCUUUUGUGACCUUGCCCCUGUGCUGAAUCUAGCUUGUUCUGAUCCAAAGGAUGUAGAAAAAACUACUUUUCUCAUGGCAUCUUUUGUCACCAUGGUGCCCUUCCUGCUUACCGUUGCCUCCUACAUAAACAUAGUGAUUGCUGUCCUCAGGAUACCAUCAGCUGCAGGAAAACAACGAGCCUUUUCCACAUGCUCCUCCCACCUCAUCGUGGUCACUCUGUACUAUGGAACUCUGGGAACAGUGUAUGCUAUCCCCACGGCUACUCAGGCUACUGCCCUAAACAAAGUCUUCUCACUGCUCUACACUGUAGUAACCCCCAUGGUCAACCCCAUUGUGUACAGCCUGAGAAACAAGGAUGUUAAAAGGGCAGUGCAGAGACUGCCGAGUGAGUGGAAGUGUGCCAUGAAGACCUAAUGGCUUUCUCCUCUAAGGGGCUCAGAUACUUGAUUGACAACUUAGCAUUUCAAGCAACUGUUGUUCCCUUCUUCCAGUAAAUCACUAGCAGGGACCCUUUCUCCAGU